UUGUGGUGUAGAUUUGGCAACCCUGUCGAGAAGACAGGUUGCUAAGAGCAGAGAAUCGAAGCUGUUGGAUCUAAAUACUGUUUAGAGAAUAUUAACGUUUACGGAGAGGAUUAUAUUCUAAUUAUAACCCUGUUUAAGUACAUACUAAGCUAUUCCAAGUAAAUUCUGAGUCAUGUCAUCGAUGGGAGGACAUGGAGGAGCUUUGUCCACUAAAGCCGCCGGACCGAAGAGGAUGAAAUGGGCUCUGGAGCUGAGUCUGGCCAACACCAGGACUCGAGGAGACCGGCAGCUUAAGGAUGGAGAAGUUAUGUAUCCUGUGGGCUACUCUGAUAAACCGGUCCCUGACACCAGCGUGCAAGAGGCAGACCGCAACCUCGUGGAGAAGAGAUGCUGGGAUGUAGCCCUUGGACCUCUGAAGCAAAUCCCUAUGAAUCUGUUCAUCAUGUACAUGUCUGGCAACACAAUUUCUAUCUUUCCCAUCAUGAUGGUGUGUAUGAUGGCUUGGAGGCCCAUUCAGGCGCUCAUGUCCAUGUCGGCCACCUUUAAACUGCUGGAAAGUUCGAGUCAGCAGUGGCUCCAGGGGACGGUCUACCUGAUCGGCAACUUGCUGGGCUCAGCGCUGGCCAUCUACAAGUGUCAGUCAAUGGGUCUCCUCCCAACGCAUUCGUCUGAUUGGCUCGCCUUUAUCGAACCUCCACAGAGGUUGGAGAUAAUGGGUGGAGGAUUGGUCCUGUGAGCCCUCAGAACCUCUUGUACACAUUUCUACACCCAAACCCUUUUCCUGUUUAACACCCAAAUUCAUUAAUUUAUGGCUGUUUAGAAUUCAAUCCUGUCUUUUUGUUGUUGUUUUUUUUGUUUUUCAUAUACUUCUGCUACAUAUAAACAAUGUCAUUACAAAAAGAUAUUUAAUAAACAUACUAAUUUUGAUUUUCA